AUGCUUCCGUUUCUAGAGGUCGAGCACCUCCCCUCCUCCUCGUCCUUCUACUUGGCCAUUAUCCAGCCCCUGGGUCUGCGCUACUUUUCUACUGAAGACGGGCAUUUCCCCUCAAUCGUCUACGGAGACUCUUUACGGACUACUCCUAUUUUCCAGAUCCGGCAGGUGGUCUCGAGUAGGGACCGGCCCCUGAGGACAUCGCAUAUUGUGCUCAGCGCUCCUUCAGCGGCCGCGGCCGACGAGGCCUACGAGUUUGCAUUACGGGCCAAUCCCGACUCGCGGGACACGCACCCUCGCCACAUCGCCGACAGCUACGCUGCUGCGGCCAGUGGCGCGUCGUCCCGCCGGACACGCACCAGCGGUGGCGGCACUCGGGUAUUUAUAACCGACUUUGUCGGCAACAUGAUGGAAAUUGUCUACCAACCGCCUCCAGACUAUCCUUCGCACUACAGCGGCUCGACCAUACGCCACACGAGGUCAACCAGCGAAGAAGCCUGCCGCAUACUCGAGUGGAAUUACGACGUUGCGAGCUCGGCUCUGCCGUGCCCUGCCGGGCCCAGCUCCGUCUCGACUGCGUCGGUCCGCACCCCCUCCCGUCGCUCUCACGCCGCCCGCUAUCUUGAAGACGACGACCAGCCGCAACCCGGGAUCAGACGGAGUGUUACCACGGCCGGAUCCUCGGUUUAUGAGCCAGCUACCUCGGCACGAGAGAACUCCAACGGCCUGAGCGCCGGCGCCGUCGUUGGGACCCUUCUUGGCGUUGCAGCCGGUGCAGCGCUGGGCGGCGCAUUCACGUACAACAUGGUCAAGAGCGAUAAGAGCCGCUCUUCCCGGCUGCAGGAGUACGACGUGCCGCCAUUCCCGCGCCGCUCUACCUUUCCCGAAAAGUACGAUGGGUAUUCGUCCUCGGAUCGCAAGAGCCGUUAUGCCGACGUGGAGCGCGGAGUCGAAAAGCUCCGCCGCUAUCAGAGCGACUAUCCCCCGGCCCCGGCCUCGGACUACCGCCGCCCUCCGCCCGAGUAUAUUGCCCGGUACAGCAGCCACGUCGACUCACCACCCCCACCACGGAGCAGGAGCAGGGCGGCGGACGACGACAUCGUCGUCAAUGACGACUCGCGGGGCCGCCACCCGUCUUCCCGGUCUUCUCGAGCGCCUUCUGCUGCUGCUAGGCCUCGCAGCGAGUCGGCUACCCACAGGGAGCCCUUUGCCGCCGGGGUCGAGAACAACCCAUGGGCAGCAGACUAUCAUCGCGGCAGCAGCUAUGUGAGCUCGAGGAGCUCAACAAGGCCCCGUGACCACCACCCGCCCAUCGUCCAGCGCAGCUACACAUACGACACCCCCGUUGACCGCGAGAGCUACGUCUCAGCCAGGAGCCGCCGGUCAAAUAGCACGGUGCGCGGCGGGCCAUCGCCGGAACCCUACACGACGAGCUCCAACACGAGGCCAGGCAGCAACAGUCGUGUGACAACGACAACAACAACCCGGAAGACGUACAAGGUGGGCAGCAGCGGCGGAGGCAGCAGCCCUCGGAGCUAUAUAUCAUAUGGAAACAGCCGCUUGCCGAGCUACGUCUCGGCGCGCGAUAUUCCGCUGCCCGACAGCCGGGCGCCGACCUACAUUUCGGCGCGCGACGUCCUGCUGCCGGCGAGUAAGCCGGCAACGUAUGUGUCGGCAAGGCAUGUACCGCUGCCGGAGAGUCGGGUGGGCACGGGUAAAUGGGAGGAUGAGGAUGAUGGUGAGGAGGAUGAUGCGGAUAGCAUUGCGCCGAGUGAUAGUAUCAGUUGUGUGGGGAGCCGGGGGAGGGGGCGGUAA